AUGUUGCUGUGGUCAAUAUGGAGUGCAUUAUUGCUACUGAACUCGCUGGAGGGUGCAGAGGAGGACGACCUCCGAGCAGGAUGCAGCACAGCUGUAAAUGACCUGGUCUAUAUUGUUGAUGGCUCAUGGAGUGUUGGAUCUGCUGACUUCGAAACAGCCAAACAGUGGCUUAUAAACAUAACCAGCCAAUUUGACAUCAGUUCCUACUACACACAGGUGGCUGUGAUCCAGUACAGUGACACUCCUCGUCUGGAGAUUCCUCUGGGGUUACAUCAGAGUGGAGCAGAGCUCAUCCAGGCCAUACAGAGCAUCACCUACCUGGGAGGAAACACACAGACCGGCAGGGCCAUCAGGUUUGCUGUGGACCACGUCUUCUCCUCCUCACAAAGAGCCAGCCAGGUCAAGCACCGCAUUGCUGUGGUGGUGACUGAUGGCAAAUCCCAGGAUGACGUGGUGGAUAUCAGUAUGGAGGCACGGGCUCAGGGCAUUACAAUAUUCGCUGUUGGAGUGGGCAGUGAGAUCACUACCUCAGAGCUGAUUACCAUCGCCAACAAACCAUCUUCUGCCUAUGUCCUGUAUGCCGAAGAUUACACCACCAUUGACCGUAUCCGAGACUCCAUGGAGCAAAAGCUCUGUGAAGAGUCUGUGUGUCCAACACGAAUCCCGGUGGCCUCUCGUGAUGAAAAAGGCUUCGAGCUGAUGGUGGGAAUGAAGAUUCAGACAAAGGCCAAGAAGAUUCCCGGCUCUUUGGUUUCUGAGGCAGCCUACGCUUUGACUGUCUCCACAGACAUUACUGAGAACACCAAGGAGAUUUUCCCAGAGGGCCUCCCGCCAUCCUACGUGUUUGUUGCCACCAUACGUCUAAAGGGGACCGCUAGCAAGCUGACCUUUGAUCUUUGGAGGGUGCUGUCUAAGGAUAAGGAGUUCCAGGCCGCAGUGACACUAAGUGGAAAAGACAAAACAGUCACCUUCACCACCACCAGUAUAAGACAAAAAGAACAGAAAGUAGUAUUUAAGGACAACUUUCAGACCCUUUACGAUGGAAAGUGGCAUCAGCUCAAACUCCUGGUGAGGCCAACCCAGGUCACCAGUUUCCUCGACGAUGAACCAAUCCAGGAAAUAUUGUUGGAUCCAAUGGAGGCUAUUUACAUCAAUGGGGAGACACAGGUGGCUAAGAGGAGAGGGACGGACAUCACUGUGCCCGUGGAGAUUCAGAAGCUGCGUCUGUACUGUGAUCCUUACCAGAGUGAGAGAGAAACAGCCUGUGAGAUCUACUCUGUGGAUGAUGAAAGGUGUCCUCUGAAUCGAACAGCCACAACGGAGGAAGAAGACUGCAACUGUGUGGUUGGACCACCGGGGCAGCGUGGUCUCCCCGGACGCAUGGGUUUCCGAGGGCAGAAAGGGAGGGAGGGACCACCAGGACCUGAUGGUAAGCCUGGUAAAGAUGGGAAAACUGGGGAAUCUGGCCUUCCAGGAAUACCAGGACAGAAGGGUGACGUCGGCGCUGUAGGACUAAAGGGGGAGUCUGGUCUUAAAGGUCCCAUGGGAGAGCGUGGUGAGCCAGGUUUUCCAGGAGAACCAGGACCCCGAGGACUCAAGGGAAUUCCUGGUGAUAGAGGGGAGGCGGGGCCUCCAGGAGAAAGUGGACCAAUGGGAGAGCCAGGAGAACCAGGCAGCGGCGGACAGGUUGGGCCACCAGGACCAAAGGGUGUGAUUGGAGACCCUGGGCCUACUGGUGACGCUGGACCUCAAGGUGCCUCGGGUGCUCGGGGACCUCCUGGAGAGGCGGGGCCAAAGGGACCUCAGGGGGAGGCAGGAUUGCCUGGGCCUGAAGGACCAUCAGGAAUAAACGGACCGGGAAUCCAGGGGCCCCGGGGGCCGCCCGGAGAGAUCGGCCAAGAUGGUCCCAAGGGGAAGUGUGGAGAUCAGGGGGUUGCCGGCCCGCUUGGUCCACCAGGUCAGAAGGGCUCGAUAGGGGAGCCAGGUUUCCCAGGCAUGCCGGGUGCCACUGGACUGCUGGGGUUUAAAGGCCACAAGGGGGAGAGGGGAGAGCCGGGAUCUAAAGGACACCAGGGCGAGUCUGGCAGAGACGGAGAAGAUGGGACGCCCGGUGUACCUGGCGAAGUGGGACCCAGGGGAUGGAAAGGAGAGAAAGGAGUGACAGGGGAUUUUGGCCUUAGGGGGACUGAAGGAAAGAAAGGAGAGAUGGGCCAUAUGGGUGCUGUUGGUCCCCGGGGAUUUCCUGGCCAGGACGGGUUGCCGGGACUACCAGGUCAUUCAGGAUACCCUGGAAAACCUGGCAAACCUCCCUCAGAUGAACAUCUUCUUAAGCUCUGCUCGGAUGUCCUGCGUAAUCAGCUUCCAGCACUGCUCCAGAGCCUGGCUCAACCAGCAAGGUGUGAAUCCUGCCACAGUGUGAAGGGACCCCCAGGGGAGCAAGGAGCACCAGGACCCAAAGGCUCCAUGGGAACUCCAGGCUACCCUGGCAGGAGUGGAUCUCCUGGAUACCCAGGACCGCCUGGUAUGCAGGGUUCUGCAGGCCUAAAAGGUGACAUCGGACCAAGGGGCCUCAAAGGCAGCAAAGGGGAAGGGUACCUUGGACCCCCAGGACCACCUGGACAGCCAGGAAUUCAGGGUCCUCGCGGUUUCGAUGGAGUUGGCCAUCCAGGAAAUCAGGGCAUUCCUGGAAAACCAGGACCACCAGGAGACCCCGGUAAACGAGGGAACCCGGGGCUUCCAGGGGUUUGUGAUCUUUCCAUGUGUUAUCAGACCUACAACCUCAGGGAACAUUACAGCAAAGGACCAAAUGUCUGA